AUGGCUCCCCUCGUCCGCUCGUUGCCUCUCCUCGUCCUCCUAGUCACCCUCUCCAGCACCACAUUACCUUCCUCCCGUGCUAUGUCCGGCGAUGGAGACAAAAAUGACCUGCUGAUGCUGGGUAGGUUCCACCGGUGGAUGUCAGCGCAUGGCCGGACGUACCAUAGUGCCGCCGAGAAGCUGCGGCGGUUUGAGGUGUACCGUCGCAACGUGGACCUCAUCGAUGCCUCCAACAGGGAGGCCGAGAGGCUCGGCUAUGAGCUCGGUGAGAACGAGUUCACCGACCUCACUAAUGAGGAGUUCAUGGCGUGGUAUGUCGGUGGCGCUUAUGGUGGAGCCGGUGAUGGUGGUGGUCUCAUCACUACUUUAGCCGGAGAUGUUGCAGAGCAGGCAGUAUCAUCCAAGAACGCCGUCGAGGAGGAUCGUAAUUUAACGAUGACCGCCGCUGACCCUCCCCGGCAUUUCGACUGGAGGGAACAUGGUGUUGUCACGCCUGCCAAGCAACAAGGGGCAUGUGGAUGCUGCUGGGCAUUUGCUGCAGCGGCGACGGUGGAGAGCUUGAACAAGAUAAAGGGCGGGGAGCUGGUUGACCUGUCCGUGCAGGAGCUGGUUGACUGCAGCACGGGUGUGUUCAGCUCGCCAUGCGGCUACGGGUGGCCCAAGAGCGCACUCGAAUGGAUCAAAUCAAAAGGCGGCCUCUUCACGGAGGCCGAGUACCCCUACUUGGCCAAGCGAGGCAGAUGCGCGGUGCACGACGCAGCCCGCCGCGUCGGCAAAAUCACCGGCGUCCAGGAUGUACGGCCGGGCAGCAGCGAGAGCGCGCUGGCGCUGGCCGUGCUCGGGACGGAUGUGUUGGGGAGACAUCUCUUUUCCAACAGACACCUUCUGGGAGGCGGCCUCCUUACGGAGGCUGAGUACCCCUACUUGGCCAAGCGAGGCAGAUGCGCGGUGCACAACGCCGCUCGACGCAUCGGCAAGAUCACCGGCGUCCAGGAGGUGCAGCCGGGGAGCAACGACAGCGCGCUGGCACUGGCCGUGCUCAGGACGCCGAUGACCGUCCAGAACGAUGGGAGCAGCUCCGUGCUGCAGAAGUACGAGUCCCGCGUGUACAAUGGGCCUUGUACCACCAGCCAGAACCACGUGGUGACGAUCGUUGGCUAUGGAGUCACUGCCGCCGGGGAAGAGUACUGGAUCGCCAAAACUCAUGGCGGCAGACGUGGGGUCAGAAGGGCUUCUUCGUGCGCAGGGGAGCCGACGGGCCCUGCUGGCUGUGUGGCAUCGCCAUGUACAGUGCCUAUCCAGUCAUGUAGCUAG